CAAACUGCAUCCUAACUUGCAUCAUCUUCCUCCGCCUGAGCGGCCCACCAAACCCAUCAAAACUAGGGCUUUGCUGAGGGUUUAGCUGCGAUCCCUCCUCUCAACGUGCAUCCAUGGCGGCCUGCACCUCCUCCUCCUCCCUCCUCGGCCGCCGCUUCCUCCUCCUCUCACGCCGCUUCGUGUCCUCUUCUCUCCGCCCCUUCUCCACCAAUUCCUCCCCCUCUCUUGCGGGAUCCGAUGCAGAGCCCGACCCUGAUCAUGCCCCCGCGGAUGAGGGUAAUCAGCCCCCGAACCAGCACCGGGCCCCCAACACCACCCGCCCCCUCGAGAAUGGCCUUGACCCCGGCAUCUACAAGGCUAUAAUGGUGGGGAAGGUGGGGCAGGAACCUAUGCAGAAGCGGCUGCGGAGCGGGAAGACCGUUGUGCUGUUCUCGCUGGGCACCGGUGGCAUCCGCAACAACCGCCGCCCGUUGGACAACGAGGAACCGCACCAGUACGCGGACCGCAGCUCCGUGCAGUGGCACCGCGUCUGCGUAUACCCGGAAAGGCUGGGCAGCCUCACGCUGAAGAAUGUCAAGAUAGGGACUGUUCUCUAUUUGGAAGGUAAUCUUGAGACAAAGGUGUUCUCUGAUCCUAUUACUGGGCUGGUUAGACGCAUAAGGGAAAUAGCUGUGCGUGCAAAUGGUCGUCUCCUGUUUCUUGGUGAGGAUGGUAACGCUCCCAAAAUAGGUGAAGUCAAGGGCGUCGGGUACUUCUGAAAAUGAGGUCAAACAAAAUUGAUUCAAGACUGAGGUAUUGCAACUAUUCUACACUUGAUGUAUUGUCAAAAUCUCAGCAGUGGACCAAUAAUGGUAUGUUGCCGCAGUUUGUUAGUUUGGACGUGCGUAAUCACGUUAUGUGCUAGUUAAGCUUUCAACGCCAUUGUAGAUGCCAUGUAAUUGUUGAGUAACUGAGGUAGUUUAGCUCUAGUUGAUACAAGCCAUGCUUUAUGUAAUUUAUAUGAUUUCCUGCUUUGUUUUUUUGUCCGAGAUGUUUAUGAUUGAAUGGCUUUGAUAAGCUGUACUUGUUUACCAUGAAAUUAAGCUAGUGCAAUCCGCAUCAAA